UUGGAGAACUACUGAUGGAAAUGCCUAUAAUGACUACAGAAAGAUGGGCUUUUAAGGGAAUCAGCAUAGCAAAACUGCUUCCUGUAUGGGGGUCUUAGGACCCAAGAAAGUUUUUGGCUACAGGAUCACGUGCUUUGUAAUGGAAGCUUUUAAAGGCUGCCUGCUGAUGAGUGAGAACUUUUUGACAGACAAUUUGUGGGUUUAUUGCUCUUGAAAAACAAUGUAUCUGCUGCAGAAUCCAGGUUGACAUAGACAAUAGAUGCUACACAGAGAAUAUACACACUUAUUUCCUGAAAUUCCUGAUGUAUUUGGGUAUCGGCCAAGCACACGCAGACUCAGUGGAAGCCAGUGGGCCAAGUAUCUCAGCCUCUCCCCGUGCUGCUUCCCAUGGCCUCCAGAGCCCCUAAAAGAGAGACAAACAGCUAUGAACACUAGCUGCACAAGAUAAACACUUCAUGUGAAGAGUGGUGACAGGGAGCACUGAGUUUUGAAGUGGCCCGGAGAGGAAAAGCACGGGCCAGUUACCACGGGGACAGGCGUUCGGUGUUUUCCAAAGAUGCUGAAGUAGUCUUUGACACUCACAGCUGUGCUCCACUCAGUCCAACCUCUUCCUAACAUGGGCUGCAUGAAAUCAAAGCAAAUGUUCCCAUUUCCUACUACAAUUGAGAGUAACAACCAGCAUGCAAGUACAGAAAGCUUCGUGUCAGGCGACAGAUUUCCUCCGAGGAUGCCUUCUCCAGUUAUCAAGGAGGUGGCCAGGGAACCCUCAGAGUCCGAAAUUGUGGUCUCUGAGUUUGCACACCGCCUGUCCCAGGAAAUCCUGAGUGACGCCUUGCAGCAGUGGGCAGACAACAACACUAAGUACUGUGACAUCCCAUUCAUUGAGAACGAGGGGUAGAAAGAUGGCACUGGCUUGAAUUGUGGAUCUAGUUGGUGCUAGCUUAAAUACAGGAAGCAAAAGCAAAAAGUGGUGUGAUUAAAUACAAACGACUCCAUCUGAAUGUAAAAUUAAGUCUAUGAUAAUAUCAAGAGUGUAGGAAUACCUACAAUGAAAUGUGUUUUACGCAGUUCUAUGACAACAGCACUUUCUAUCAGCUUGGUCUUGGAUGUUAGUCCUUUAAAGGGCUAACCACAGUCCUGUGGCACCACCCUAAUCAGCUGUAUGCCACACCACUUUCUUGAGACAGUAUAGCAUCACCAAAGAAAUAAAAAGGAAAAAGUGCCCUAAGUUUCCAAAUGGUUUAAAGACCUUCCUUUAAUAUAACUAUUUAAUUUAUACCAACUCCCCUCCCCCCUGCCAAGAUAUGAAAAGGAUUUUUCUUGAAAUGCCUCAGCAAUGAAUGGCACUCAAGCAGAUUAACAGUGAGUGGGGCUUGUUGGUCAAAACCAUUUGUGUCAAGGAUCCCUGUUUAACACAAAUGAUCCAGUGUUAGAAAGCACCCCAUGUAGAGGAGGUCCACCUUGAACCCUGUCCUUAGUAAGAUAGUUAUGCUUGUCAUCCUCAAACAUAAGUCUCACCUUGAAUCUCAGGGCCCUAACUGACCACAACUAUUAUUGAAUGACUCAGAUUUUGUGUAAAUUUCACAGGAUACAAUUUACUUAAUCAUGGCAUUAAUGUUUAUUGCAUUGAAUUAAGCCCAAUGAUCUAUAACUAUACAAGAAAACAAAUUUGGGUGCCUUUGAUAAACAGAAGCCCUAGCUGGCAAGGUAGAAAGCAGAGCCGGGUUGCAGUGCUGAAUGUGUACUAAGCUUUACUGUCUCACAGAUGCACAGGGUUGGUAUAUGGGCACUUCUUCCCAUUUUUUUUAUUGACUAGAGGGGCAAUCACCAAAUUACUGUGGGACCAGAUUAUGCGUGAAAAUCUAUUGCUGUAUUACUACAGAUCAGACACUCCUCCGAAAACAGUAUUUACGCAUUUUUUUUUAUGGUAACAUUGCCCAUUGGACAUUUACAGCUAUAUACUGUACUAUUUUUAUAAAUUAGGCUACCUUUUUCAGGAAGCUUUGUUUUAAAGAAUUAGUACUGUUUGAGAUCCAUGGUGACAGAAAAUUUGGGAGAGACGGAAGAAGAUACUAAGACAUAACAGGAAAACUGGGAGUGAGUCUCUCUAGAAUUACCUUUUCAUCAAGAUUUGCUACACAUUGAGUUUAACUGGCAAGGGAAUUAUUUAAGCCCUUGUGCGUUAGAUUCUUUUAAGAUACAACAGACCCUUGUCACUGAAAUCUAAAGGAAGGCAGAGAAAGGCUUGUGACCUCUUUAAUGAGAUAAAUAUGUAUUUGGCCUUGUAAGCAGGCAGAAAUGCUAUAUCUAAUUUUAACAAAGAUACUUUAAAACCCACAAUCAAAUAGUGAAUUCUCCAAGUUACAUGGGCCAAGAAAGUUCUUUAAAGUGAGUGAUGUGCCAUCUUUCUGUUACCUUUGGAUACCUGGUCAUUCAGCUUUCAUUUCACCUAGUCCCAGGAUUUGUACUGUCCUAUUGUACUUGCCAUCUUAACAACUCAGAAAAAGCACACGCGUUUAUACAAGGAAAUAUAUGUCAUAAGUCAUGAGGCUGAGAACAGAGUUUCCUAAAACUACAAAACAUAUUUCCAGCUCAUGAAGAAAAAUUUAGGUUUUUGAGUAUUUAUACUGACUCAGAUAAAAGCCUAGAUGUUGCCAUUUUUCAUUCAUUGUAUCUCUCACAUCAGGACACUUGCUACAAGGUAUUCAUUUGCUGAAAGAUAUAAUUAAGUUUGUAAGAUAAUGCAUAUUGUGAGAACACAAAGCCAUAUAAAAAGCAGCACAUCGCACUAAAAUUUUCAGCAUGCAUAGGGACAUAGACUACUGGGUUUUGGUUAUAUCUAAAUGUUUUAACCUUAGGUUACUCCUGUGCCUUGGGCCUGUUUCCCAGGGGUGUAACAGGGAUGCCCGCCAGACACACAUGUAGCUACAAGUCUAAACUGUGUUGCCCCCCUCUGACACGAUGGCAGUACAGAUGUCGCUGAUCACCACCUCCUCGCUCCUGAAUCAUUUUAACAGAGUAUAUAUCCUGUGACAUACAGAGACUUGUCUUAGAAAUGGGCAGGAACUACAAGGCUGGCACAGUGUCAGUGGAUAAACCAAGUUGGGAGCAGGCAGGAGAAAGAGCUGGGUAAAGAAUCUGUACUCCAUGCGGUGGCUGCCAAGAUGUAGUUUGGCCUUGCUGGCAAGAUAGAUAAGGACAUCUUCGAUAGGAUAAUUCAGCUUCUUUCAUACCUUCAUAUUUAAAUAUUGAAUUUACUUUAUUUUAAAGGUCCCGCCUGUUGGAACAAUAAAAGAGUAGAGGGACUGUUUUAGGGAGGAGACAUAAAACAGAAGACAAAGAAUUACUAGCUACUGGAAAGGGAAACAUUGGUUCCAAAAUACAUCACACACACAGAUGAAAUACAAAUGAUGGCCAGUUAGUAAGAGAAAGGAACGUGAGGAAAAGAGAGCCCAAGAAACAGCACUAGUGUCAAACUCCAUCAGAAAUGCACUGCAAAAACGAGUUUCCAGUGUUUUCCACUGAGGGGAGGGACCCGGGAGCAAGGUCCCGUCUUUACCCUGCUGACACACGCCCAACCACUGCGUCUGUGCCCUCGAGAACAUCCAGGAUAGGGGCCAAGGAGCUGCCACCAGCAUGACAGAGAACCUGCAGAUGACAAUGGCAGAAGCAGCAGUUCAUUAGAGGAAACCUGCCAAUUCCUCAUUUGCAAAGACUCACAGAGCCUCACAGUGUGCUUCACCCCUGCUCCCCCAGCUCAGGGUCUCCUGUGCACAAUACCUUUCAGUUACAGGCCUGUGAUACGAGUUCUCCACUUUCAGUUGCCUUACCAGUUCUUUGCAAACUACCUAUGGUUGUUAUUAGCACUUAAAGCACAAUUUUGAAGGGGAUAAAAAUGAUGUUGGUUCCAAGAGAAUAAUUUGUGUCAAACUGCCUUAGUAUUAAAAAUAGACACACGCUGGAUGAACAGAGCAUGGUACUCAUCCUAUUCAUGUCAUUGACAUUUUAUGAAUUGGAGGGAACUAUACUUUUGUUAUUACAUGGUUUUAGAAAUCAUAAGUUAGAGACACAUUAUAAGUAAUGUCAAGGAACAGUCAUUUAAAAACAAACUUCUAACAAAUAUAUUGUUUGCUUAAUCACAAUGCCCUCAUCCUGUAUUUGUGUGACCAAAUAGGACAUGUCUUGCUCAGAGCACUGGGCACAGGCUCAGAAGCACUCCCUGUAUCUUUGCAAAACUCAAGUUUUGUAAACAAAUUCACUUCCCUGUAAGACUUAGCUAUGAAAGGGUAUAUUUUUCCCAAAUAUUUUUGUGAAAAUACUUUUUUAUAACUGUACAGUAAAAGUCUAGUUGCAACUA